CCUCGCAGCAGUGAUAAGAGAUCAGAGCUGCUYCCUGCUGAUUGGAGCAACAACAAGGAGCUGUACAGCCUGAGAUACAAAGCCAACGACACAGACGCACAAAUACUGRUGAAGGCCAUCACUGUGGACUCGGCUCUGAUCUUCAACCUGAUGGACUCCAGCACGCAGCAGGUGUUGGACCUAACGGUGAACAUCAACGACCACGUCAACGCCGAUCAGCUGCACACGUUUGACGGUGUUUUCAGGGACGCAGACGGUUUGUCACAGAGCGUGAAGACUCAGCUGCUGCCGUCCCAGAAGAGGCAAACGGAACAGAAAGCGGAGAGGAAGAGCGGGAGAGACGAGGAAGAGGAGGCACAGAGGAGACGGGAAGAGGACAGCGACCCCCUCCGCAUGCCCAGCAGACAUCCCCACCAGGGAACCCGUCCUCACUGGCCUGACUCUUUAGAUCCUCCAUUUGCAGCCGGAGGAGCAGAUCUGGAUCCUUUAGGAUCUCAAGGUGGUGGUGGGAUGAUCGUCGACCCGCUGAGGUCCGGGUACCCUCGCUCCGGGUUCGACCCGUCCAGCGGCAUACCCGACAUCCUGCCUCCUGGAGCCGUGCCCCCGGGAGCUCGCUUCGACCCGUUUGGACCCGUUGGACGUCACAGACCAGGGCCAGACCCGGACCACAUGCCCCCGCCUGGAUAUGAUGACAUGUUCAUGUAGAACCCUGCUGACCUCUCCCCACAAAAAACUGAUCCAGUUCAAAGAAACCUUGUUGUUUGUUCCGUGUUCUGAGGAGAGGGGCUUUGAUUCUGAUUUCUCUUAUCCAAUAAUAAACAGAACARGCAGUUAUUGAUGUAAA